UAAUCAGCUCGAGUUCCAACGCGCCUUCGGCCGGCUUCUUUAACCCGCUUGACGCCCAUUCUUGCUUGCUGAAGAGAGACGCAGAAGAAGAAGCACCGGAGAAAUGGCGUUGGAAGACUCAGCCGCCAAGCAAAAGUACCCGAAGAUCGACUUCUCAGGGCUGGACAUUGCCAGCCCUGGAAAGCCUCGAUGGGAAGCCGUGCGCGAGCAGGUGAUGGAGGCGCUCGCCUCCUGCGGCUUCUUCGAGGCCGUGUUCCCGCAAGUCACCCAGGAGCUACGCGAGUCCCUCUUCGGCACGGCCAUGAAGGAGCUCUUCGCCCUUCCGUUGGACACCAAGCUCAGGAACACCUCCAACAAGCCCUUCCACGGCUACCUCGGUCAGAUCCCCUACCUCUCCUAUGAGAGCCUGGCCAUCUUGGACGCGUCGCUUCCACAGGGCGUCGAUAGCUUCACCAGCCUCAUGUGGCCCGGCGGAAACCCCGCCUUCAGUGAGAUGGUGUGCUCGUUCUCAAAACAAGUGGCGGAGCUGGACGAGAUAGUCCGGAAGAUGAUACUGGAGACGCUUGGGGCGGAGAAAUACCACAAGACCCUAAUGGAGUCCCACCGGUUCCUUCUUCGGGUGUCGGAGUACCCGGCGGCACCGCCGAAGCAGCAGCAGGCGAGCGAAGAGAGGCAGCAGCUAGGCUUGGUUCCUCACCGGGACAAGAAUACGCUGGCCAUAGUUUGCCAGAACCAAGUGGACGGACUCGAGAUGGAGACCAGUGACGGUGGAUGGGUCGUCGUCACGCCCUCCCCUGCCUCCUUCAUCGUCAUAGCUGGUGAUGCCUUUCGGGCGUGGAGCAACGGGCGGGUGUACUCGCCCUUACACCGCAUCAUGGUGGGCGAGGAGGCGACGAGGUACUCCGCCAUCCUCUUCUCCAUCCCGGAGGACGACAUGGUGAUCCGCGCCCCACAGGAGCUGGCGGACGACCACCACUCUCCCGGCUUCAAGUUCAAGCCCUUCGACUAUGGUAGCUACGUUCGUUUCUGCGUCACCGAGGAGGGGAUGAACGCCAGCUGCCAACUCGACGCGUUCUGCGGAGUCGCGAACCAGCAGCAGGUCUGAUCAAUGAGUGCUCAGUACUCGAUCAUCGUCAUGUCGUGUCGUG